CUCCCACAGGGCUGGUACUCACAGCUGAAGACAGACUGGGGAUCAGGACUGACAGAGCUCCUGGUUAGGCAUGGCAUGAACUGAGAGUGCUGGAACCCGGGAGCCAGCCUGCGGGAGGUCAGAGCACUGCUCCACAGUGGAGAGGACAGAGCCUGGGGGAGCAGUGGACAGGCUACAGGAUCCAGGGCAGGAAGCAUUGGGGCAGCCACAUCUCACACAGUCACGCCUCUGGACCAGACGCAGAGAGCAGAGGUGACAGGCACUGGGUAGUUGUAGACACUUCUGGUCUCAGUGGAGUUCUCCCUCGAACCACAUUGUACCAGGAUAUGAGGGAGGCAGGGGGACUGAGAGUGGAGACUCCCUAAGUGGUGUCCCGUGGAGGGGGCUCCUUGAAGGAGGAGAGGGUGAUCAAGAAGACCGUCUCAAAUCCAUCUGGGCCGCUGAGGAGACAGGACAGCUGCUGCAGAGAGAUCUUUAACCCAGAGCAGUGACAGCAGCCAUCCACCCCCCGACCCACCCUCCCUGCAGCUCUGGCCCUGAGAGCAACAGGAGGGACCUCACCUGCCCCUUCGGUGAGGGACCAUGACUAGGUCCUGGUGGCUCUCCCUGCUCCCUCUCGCCAUUCCGGUGAUCCUGGUGGCCGCCAGCACAGACCCAGACAAGAAUGAGGUGAAGCUGCUGAGGAGUCCAAAGGCCGUCAGCACCUCCAACGCCAACGUGAGGCAGUGUCUGUGGUUCGCCAUGGAAGAGUACAACAAGGAGAGCGGGGACAAGUAUAUCUUCCUGGUGGCCCACACACGGCAAGCCCAGCUGCAGAUCACGAAUCGUUUGGAAUACCUCAUUGAUGUCGAAAUUGCCCGCAGCAACUGCAGAAAGCCUUUGAGCAAUAAUGAAAACUGUAACAUUCAAGAAAACACCAAACUGGAGAAGAAAGUCACUUGCAGCUUUUUGGUCGGAGCACUUCCCUGGAAUGGCGAGUUCGCUGCUACACACACGUACACGAGUCCCCGCCCUGAGUGGGUGUCGUCCCCAGUGACAGCAGCCUCCGACUCCUCGCAGCACCCUGGAGGGCUCUGCCUUGGCUGUGGGGACCCAGGGCCUGGGCAGAGGGACUGA